UACCAUCAUCCGUGCAGGGCUAUGAGGUGUGCCGCGCUAUUCCAUAUUUGCUAUGUAGUAAGUUGGCCGAGAUCUCCCGCGCGCCAGUUUUCCUUGCACGGGCAUGACCUCUGCGAGCUUGCAUCAUAUCUUCGAACGUUGCUGAAAGAUAUUUUCCAGAUGUGA